AUGCUGCCGUCGCCGCAGCCACCCUCGUUCGACACGGGUUUCACGCAUUCGCCCGAGGGCGAACAGGCCGAAGCACCUGCGGCGGAACCACCACCACCGGAACCAACGCCGACCCCAGAACCGGCGCCAGCCCCAGCUCCGGCACCUGCACCUCCGCCAGCGGAACCCGCACCAGUUCCCGCGCCGACACCGGUUGUUUCAUCGGAACCUCCGGUCGAAGGGGUUCCUGCUGUCCCAGCGACCGAGGGUGCUCCGCCGGCGGACGGAGCUGCGCCAGCAUCCGCUGAAGGCGCACCUGCAGCAGCCCCUGUGGAAGGCGCCGCACCACCUACGGAAGGGGCUGCGCCACCGGCAGAAGGGGCUGCGCCACCGGCAGAAGGAGCUGCACCUGCGGAAGGAACAGCCCCGCCAGCGGAGGGUGUACCUGCUGAAGGAGCACCUCCAGCCGAAGGUUCUGCACCCCCCGCUGCUCCUGCGGAGGGUGCACCCGCAGAAGGAGCACCCGCUGCACCUCCAGCGGAAGGUGCGACACCAGCAGCACCAGCGGAAGGCGCUCCUGCGGCACCGCCGGCGGAAGGAGCUCCUCCGGCCGAAGGAACUGCUCCUCCCGCAGCUCCAGCGGAAGGUGCACCGGCCGCACCACCAGCCGAAGGCGCCGUACCUGCAGCCGCACCCGCAGACGCAACACCCGCAGCUCCAGCGGAAGCUGAACCCGCGAAAGUGGCCGAAACUAAUCUAGUUUUGAUAUUACGAGUUACAAUCCGCAUCAGAGGCAGGCCCGCGCUAAAGAGCGCGAAAUACAUCAUGAACGAAUAUAAUCCCUCCGUCAUAUGCGAAUUCCGAGAGAUGCCUUCUAAAGUGAUUACGCAGCUGUUAAGCGAUACGUGUCGCUGCCUGCAAUUAGAGAUAUCUAGCAGCCAGGAAGCGACACGGCUCUUGCAAUCUUCGACGUCGUCACGUCCUCCUUAA